CUGAGAUCACCAGUCUGCCGCAUUACAUGCUUGGUUUCACAUAUAUUACUACUACUACUUUACUUCAAUUUUACUUUAUAUUAUUUGACUGCAGGUGGUGACGUUUGAUGUGAUUUAACUGCUUAACUUGACAACUUUCUAUGCGUGAAAUACAAUGUACUUUAUGCCACUUAGCGGCGGCACGUCCAACUACUUCGCGCGUAUGUACGUCAAUACGGCACUGUAAAAAAGUCGUAAUGUUUGCAUCGUGCAUCAAUGUGCUAUAUUUAUUCUCUCUCGCGCUACCCCUGCAUCACUACAACUUAUGUAUAGUGAGCAUUGCUUUCUGCUACAGAAAUGGAAUACAAGUUUGAAUCGCGCGAUUUCAAAAACAUUCUUCUACUGCCGCGAUAAUGUGUUGAAUUAAGUUUUUGAAUGUGAAAACUUGCACGAGAAAUAUUAUGGAACUGGGUUGAUUAUUCUGUUUAUAGAACCGUUCGCAGCUCGCACCAAAGAUUCAUUAAGUUCUAGGUUAGUUGGGGUGUGCUGAGUGUUUGCCGAAGGAUGACAGAAUCUCAAUUUUUAGAAUCAAAAGUUUUGCGUCACUAUUUAAUUUUAUAAGCACUAGUGUGUAUACGCAACGAUGUACAGACCGAACCAAAAUGGUAAUUCCCAAAGGAAUAACAACGAUCAAACUGCAAAUAGGAAUCGUUCUAACAACAGAUAUCAACGGUAUUAUCGUAAUGAGGUAGACAAUAAUUCUAUCCAAGCUACCGUAUUGGAUCAAUUCAAAGAAUCAUGGUUGACGGCGAUCAUUGGAUUAAUAUUAUUCGCAACUGCAAUGUGUAUUUUUGUUUGGAAUGAAGGAAGAGCAGUAAAAAUGGCUUACUCUUUGGACGAAGCGCUGAAUAAUAUUGCUGUAGUUCAGAGCAAUGUAAAACCAUUGCCAGAGUUCGAGGGUCGUUUGGUUUAUGUAUCAGGUCCCAUAAGUGUAUCAGAACCAUUGACAGAACCUGAUUAUGGUGUAAUGGUCGCUAGCAUUAAGUUAAAAAGGAGAGCUCAAAUGUAUCAGUGGAUAGAAAUAGAAGAAGAGAGAAGUUUUCCGGGGUCAGAACCUACUGAAGCAGAUAAACAUUACUACUAUACAACUGAGUGGAGAGACAAGUUAAUUGACUCUGACUCUUUUUACAUAAGAUUUGGCCAUGAAAAUCCUAAAGAAAUGCCCAUCAAAAGUCAAACACAAAUUGCAGAAGAGGCAUACAUUGGAAAUUUUCAACUGGGAAUGGAUUUAAAGAAAAAAUUCAAUGAUUUUGUUGAAGUGACAAGUGAUGAGAGACCAGAGAGAAAAGAUAUUAAGAUGCAUGCUGGAUUAUACUACUAUGGUGAAGAUCUAUGGGAACCCAAAGUAGGAGAUAUAAGAGUUCAGAUGUCGUAUGCUGGAAAAGCAGGAGACAUUUACUCAGUCGUAGGGAAAUCAGAAAAUGGUGUUAUCGAACCUUUUAUUACUUCUCAUGGGCAGGAAAUUCUACUUCAAAGAAUGCAUGAAAUAUCUGUAGAUCAAAUGUUUCAUCUUGAGCAUAGAGAUAAUUAUUGGAGAACUUGGGCUAUAAGAGGAAUUGGUUGGUUAGUCAUGUUUUUAGCAGCAACUUGUUUGGCUAACAUUUUAAAAACUAUCAUUACUAACUCUAAUGUGCUAUGUGGAAUAAUAGCAGUUGAAUCACUUACUAUAUCAGUUUCCAUGUCUAUUAGCAUGUUAGUAGUUGGAUUUGCUUGGGUCUGGUACAGACCAGUGAUUGGAUUAGGAUUGGCAUUAGCUUCCAUUUUACCAUUUAUGUACUCAACAAUGGGUUCCAGUGGUCCAUCUGCGGCCCCUGGACAACAACAAAGAGACAAUUAUAGAAGACUUUAAAAUUUUUAAUUUAUUAU